AUGUCCUCUGAACUGGCCAGAAUGACAGAAAAAUACAAAACUUCUCUUAACGAAAUGGAAAAAUGGAGGUCUCGAGCUUUAACCCUUAAGCAUGUGGACAUCGAUUUAACACCCAGAAAGCUAGGCAAGCUUUUGGAAGCAAAAGAAGAAAUGAUUGAAAGUGCAAGAAAUACUGCUAAGAAUAUUAAAAAGAAUGUGGAGGAAGAAAAGCCCUCAAUCUCUGUUUUACAGGCAUUAUCCAUGUGGAACACAAAUUUCGCUAACAUUCCUGAGGCUGAAAAGAACUCGUUUGAAUAUUCCCCAAAAUCAACUUUAGAUUCACAUAGUGUCAGACGAGCAGCAACUACAAACGAUUCAAUCCAUCAUCGAGAAAAAGGUAUUCAAUGUUCAAAGCUUGCUGGACACUACUGA